AUGAGCUCUGCUAGCACUGUGAAGGCGUCGCGCCAGGCGGCCGCCUUGCUGCGCAUCGCCAGAGAUCUCAAGGAGCUGGAGACGGAGCCUUUGCAGCUGGUCUCUGCCAGACCCUUGGACCUCAAUGAUCCCUUCUGCUGGCACGUCAACCUUCGACCUGCAGACGGCCCGCUGAUGGGUUGCAUCUUCCAUUUGGUGAUGGACCUGCCCAGAAACUAUCCUUUCAGCCCCCCGAGCAUCCGUUUCCCGACAGAGCACAUACCCUCAUUUCGCCACCCAAACCUUUUUGGGAGCAUGAUCUGUCUGGACAUUCUGCAAAGCUUCAUUGGCUCGCAUGAUGCACGUAGUGGAUGGAGCACAGCCUACACGGUGCAGACGGUGUUGCUGCAGUUGGCAUCCUUUCUUUUUGAGACGGAUCAUGUGCCGCAGGACCACGGCGGCACGUAUAAGUCUUGCAUGACCCCGAAGCUGGCAGCGCAGGUUCGGGCUGAGUGUGAGAAGUUCCGGUGCCAGGGAUGCGGCCAUUGCUUCGCGGCUCCGCGGCCUGAGCUGGCAGAGGUCCCGAGAGCGCUGGAGAACAGCGCUGAACCCCGUGCCCCGCCCAGCCCUUCCCAGAAGAUGUCCACACUCGAUGGCGAGCUGGCGCAAGCACAAGCACAAGACAUGAGUCGUGAUCAGCUCCACGCAGCUGACGAAGAAUCUCAGAAAAAUCACGGCAAGUGGUUCGAGGCCCGCUGCUCCGAGCAGGGUGCCCAGGCUGCAGGUGCCGAGGCCGGCUGCAAGGACUCAGAGCCCAGCCCACGCAACGGGGAUGUAGUUCGAGGUGUUGUGUUGCGAGAACUCGCCGCUGGCUUCGUUCUGGAGCUGCCCUUCAAACAUUGGCAGCGCCAGGGCUGGCUGGCUCGUGACCGCCGUUGUGCCGUGGCGCUGCAGGAGGAGAUCGUGGCUGUCGUGACAGCUGUGGAACCCAAGUGGCUUUGGUUGGAGUUGGUGCCCCGCCGGUCCCGGCGGCAGCUGCAAGAGCUCCAGGAAUCGAGAACUCGAUUUCCUGGGUUGAUCGUUUCCAUAAAAAGCUACGGCCUCUUCGUGGACGUAGGCGCAAAGGCCCCAGGCCUUGUGCAUGUGUCGGAGAUGGACAGGGAGGUUGGAGAGUUCCAAGAGAGGAGCAUCGUGCAGAUCCGAAUCUUAGAGGUGGACUCGCCAAAGGGCUUGCGGCUCACGGCAAGAGGUGGCCCUUUCUUCCGCCCCCAUGCAGGCUGCCAGAUCCACCGGCUGCCCCUGCUGCAACCCCAUCUGUAUGAGAACCUUCCAGGCCCCGCAGCGGAGACGCUCCUGGAGCUUCUGCCUUUGGAGGCCUUGAGGUCGCUGGCUCGGAGUUGCAGGGCCUGGAGAGGACCAGCAGAGGAAGCAGUCUCCGUUUACUUCGACCGAACUCAGCUGCGCUGCUUCCACACCAAGGCAUCCUUCGACGAAGCGGAGACCACGCUGGGCCUGGGAGUCGCGAUCACCGAAGAGAGUGGCGGCAAGCGCCACCUGACCUGCGACUUCGAUCCCCUCUCAGAGGAGGCGUUCUUCAACCUGCAGGUCAGCAAAGGAGUCUGGAAGCAGACGAUCAGCUACUGGAUCCCCAUGGCUAUCUGCAAGAGCCACUUCGAGCGUGGCUUGGGCCGGCUCCUGGAGGCCGUCUCCCAGCUGGGCUCUGGUGAGGUGGCGGAGCUGACCAAGUCUCACGGUCUGGGCUCGGGUGGUCGCCAAGGCCAACUGCAACUU